CAUUCGUAGUGACAUUUCAAUUCGAAAAAAAAGCAUGGCUCUUGCCCCUCAAGUAUCCGAACUUUCUAAGUCUAUUGCGAGAGAUAUAAAAGUGUUUUAUGAAAGUGCAUUGAACUUUUUGGUUGACUCAUCCGAAGCUAUUGAAGAUAAUAUCUUUAAAAUGGUCGUUAAGAGUAAGCCUCCAACUAGACCAAAUAUGAAUCUAAGCUUUCUAGCUCAUGGUAGAUUUUUGAAGUACUUUUAUGCGAAACUUUCGCCGGAAUAUCGUGAAAUCUACAGAACGUGUAGAAUAAUUAUCAUUGAUGAAAUGGGGAAAAAAUGGCAAUUUGGCAGAGAAGAAGAUUGUGCUGUCGUAACAAAUCAAGUUAGAACACUAAGCGAAAAGCUUAAAAUUUACUACUUGAAAAUGCAAUUUAAAGUUAACAGUUGCGGACCAACAGGAAAUAAUGAGAUAAAGUUGGUACUGGAAAAGGGAAACGAUUUAGCAAUAGAGAAGGAGAUGCAUUUUGCUUUUUGUGCAGAUUUUGCUUCAAGAGCAACAGAACAAAAGAAAAAGGUUUUAGCCGACUGUAAAAUAUGUAUUUUAGGAGAUUCAAAAAUACCGAUGGAGAUAACUCUUCACUCUUAUCAUCGAGAAUGGUUACGCGUUAGCGCUUCAAAAUAA